AAAGGAAGUGUUGGCUACAAGUUAUACUUCAUGCAUAGUUAACAACUUAAGAAACAGGAAGAUAAAGUUGAGAAAUGGUCGCAUACGGGAAAGCAGCUCUAUUGUACACCAUCAUCUGGUUUUGCCUCAUUUUAGGUACUGAAUGCUUUGGUGAUGAAUACAGUAAUACCAUAAGACGUCUUUCAGUAAAGAGUGGAGGAUCAGUCACUAUCCCAUGUUAUUAUGACAGGAAAUACACACAACAGAAGAAAUACUGGUACUCAGAAACUGAUAAGUCUUACACAAACACUACAGCUGGAGAUGUGACAGUAAUUGAUGAUCCUGCUCAGAGUCUUUUUACUGUCACUAUGAGAAACCUGACGGGUCAACACAAUGGGACUUAUUAUUGUAUUGUGAAGACUGUUGAACAACCAGGAGACAUGACCACCACAGAUGACAUUUAUCUCCAUGUUCAAUCUGAUCCUGAUGUCUCUGUGAUGUCCAGCAGUGUAACUGUAGAUGAAGGUGGUAAUAUCAGUGUACAGUGUCUCUACAGCACUAAAUUUAAGGAUAAAACCAAUAAACAGUGGUGCAGAUAUAAAGACAAGAGAUGUUACACAUCCCAGGAUGCAUCAGUUAAGAUCAGUGAUGAUGGGAAUAAAUCUUUCACUGUGGUGAUGUCUGGACUGAUGAAGAGUGAUUCUGGCUGGUAUUACUGUUCUGUAGGAGAUAAACCGCCUUCUCUUGAAUAUCUACAGGUUCCUUUUCAACUUACAGUCACUGGAGCUGCAACUCCAGACACCACUGAAGGCAUCAAAACUAAAACAGAAAAUACUACAAAAAAUAUUACACAAGAAUUAAAUGAACCACAACCGAUUGCAGUGUGGCAGUGGCUUCCAGUUUCUGCCGUGUUUCUACUGCUUAUGAUUCUGGUUGGUGUUUUUAUCUGGAAAUGGAAAAGGAGAUCCGAGGAAGAUAAGAAACAUAUUAAGAUGAGGAACGACUGUGUGGUCACUGACACAGUUACCUCCACCCCUGAAGAUGUAGUGAUAUACAGCACUAUAAAUGAUGAAAAUCCAGAUAAUAAAAUGUCUCCAUCAGAUUCCAACAUAGAAACAACUUACUGUCUUGUUGAAGAUCCAUCUGGGCAUAAAGCACAGGUUCCAGAAGAUGGCACAAUUUACAGCUUUGUAGAACCUCACGACCAGAACCCAGAGGAACAAUAAGUCAUCACACUGCCUAUUUUUCUUGUUUGUUAAUUUUCUCAAAUCUCAAGACUUUUUAAACAGCUCAGCAGCUCUGCUUAAAGCGUCAUGAAACCCUGCCGUUUCAGCUCCAGUCUACCUCACUAUCAUUUUGAAAAAUGAUACUUAAAUGGUGGUGGACGCUGUGAGCCGUGAUGAGUGGGCGGGGAAACUGAUAUAAGAUAAGAUUGACUAAGAUUAGCAGUAUUACAGAAAUAAUUAAACUAAAUAUAAUAUUUUACACAUUUACUUGUGAACCGUAUCCAUGUGUGAUUAUCCUGAGCCCCAGACCCCCCUCCCCCGGCUGACCUGGC